AUGCACCCGCCGCAGAUCUACACGGCCGUCUACUCCAAUGUCAACGUCUACGAGAUGGAAAUCAACGGCGUGGCCGUCAUGAAGCGCCGCUCCGACUCAUGGCUGAACGCGACGCAGAUUCUCAAGGUGGCGGGCGUCGACAAGGGCAAGCGCACCAAAGUGCUGGAGAAGGAGAUCCUGACGGGCGAGCACGAGAAGGUCCAGGGCGGAUACGGCAAGUACCAGGGCACCUGGAUCAACCACCGUCGCGGUCGCGAGUUCUGUCGCCAGUAUGGCGUCGAGGAGCUGCUGCGUCCGCUGCUCGAGUAUGGCGCCGACGAACUCGACACGCCCACCAAAGAGCAGGCCAUGGCCGCCAACCGCAAACGCUUUUACGCCAGCGCCGUCGAUGCUCGCUCUGGCAUCCACCCUGCCCAUGGCGGCACCUUUUUCUCCAACAUCUCGUCGACAGCAUCCAACGCCAUCGCCGCCAUGAACAAGGUCGCUCGCAUGAACUCGCCCGCCCCGCAGCAGCGCGCCGGCCGCCUGAGCCACCCGCACUCUUUCCGCGCCGGCAGCCAGCAGAGCGUCGCCACCGAGCGCAGCAGCUUCGGUCCGGACUCGGCCUAUGUCACCCAGCAGCCCUUCUCUCAUACCGAACAGCAUCAGCAGGCCCCCCAGGACGAGCCGCCGCGUAAGCGCGUGCGCCAGGACGACGCUGACCUCGAGACCAUCCGCGACGGCUCACCUACCGAGCCCAACGAGUCGUUUGUCUACCACCAGCUCGGCCACUACGGGCCCGGCAGCGGCACCGAUGGCGACGUCCCGGCCGCGCUUCCCCCGCUGCCGCCUCCGAGCGAUGUGACGUCGCAGGACAGGCAGGCCGCCCUGCUCGACCUCUUCCAGGACAACCAGUCGCGCACCGACUUUUCCAGCCACCCCGCCAUUGUGCACCUGUCCGGGUCGGAUCUCGACAUGCCAUUGGAUCAGUCGGCGAACACGGCGUUGCACUGGGCGGCGACGUUGGCGCGUGUGUCGAUCAUGCGGCUACUCAUCUCCAAGGGCGCCAACAUCUUCCGAGGAAAUGCCGCGGGGCAAACGCCGCUGAUGGCCGCCGUGGCCGUCAAUAACAGUUUGGAUCAUAGCUGCUUCCCGGAGCUGCUGGAGCUGCUGGCACCGCUCAUUGAGGUCCGCGACGACUCGGGGCGCACUAUUCUGCACCACAUUGCCGUGGCGUCCGGUGUUAAGGGCCGCGCCGCGUCGAGCAAGUACUAUCUGGAGGCGUUGCUCGAGUUCCUUGUGCGCAGCAACACGGGCCAGAGCAGUCAGACGUCGUUUGACGGCGCGCCGAGACCAAUUGGUCUGAUGCGUUUUAUGAGCGAGAUGGUGAACGCGCGGGACGUGGCGGGGAACACGGCGCUGAACCUCGUGGCGCGGAUAGGUAAUAGGAGCAUCAUUCAGCAGCUGCUGGAGGUCAAGGCGGACCCGACUAUAGCCAACUACAAGGGUCUGCGGCCGAUAGACUUUGGCGUUGGCGAGGACCCGGAGCAGCGAAACAACCACCAGUCGCUGAGCCAGAUUGGCUCGCCUAGCAAGAGCCGCGGGCCCGCGAGCAGAGUAGAAGAAACGAGCCGGGAGAUGAUGCCAGCAAUGUCCUCCUUCCUCUCGCAAACCGACUCCCAAUUCAACGCCGAGAUCCGCCUCAAGCAAGACCUGAUCGACCGCACCAACGCGACGAUCCAGUCGCUCUCGACGCAACAGCGCCAGCUAUCAGCCACGCUAACAGCGCUGCAACGGCGCGCGCGCGCGCGCUCCGAACGCGCCCAGCGCAUCGCGAACCUGCGGGCCGCAACCAAGGAGCAGCGCGCGCGGCUGAUGCGCGGCGGCGGCGUCUCAGUCAUGCAAGCCAUGGACGCCUCGCCCAAGGAAGUAGUCGGCGACGCGGACGCGAAAGCAGCGGGUCUCGCACUCGUGGGGCACGUGCAUCUUCCACCUACGCCGACCACGACGACGACGACGACGACGACGACGACGAACGCCACCGCCGGUGCAAGCGCAAACGCAAACGCGAACACGGAUCUCGCCUCCCUCUCCCCCCAGACCCAGCACCUGCUCCACGCCCUCCCGCCCCCGCAGCGCCUGCGCAACCUCCUAGCAGCGUACGGCUCGGCGACGUCGACGCUGCGCGAGCGCGCGGCGGGGCUGAGAGCGCGCAAUGGUGCCCUCGAGCGCCAGUACAGGAAGGUGGUGGCGCUGUGUACGGGCGUGCCGGAGGGGAGCGUGGACGAGUUGCUGGUUGGACUGGUGAGGGCUGUGGAGAGCGAGACGGGUGAGGGGGUGGAGGUGGGGCGGGUGAGGGAGUUUUUGCGAAAGGUGGAUUGGGUGGAGGGGUAG